AUGUGGAUUCUCCUGGCGCUAUUAGUGCCGAGCGCCCUCGGGUGUGACCUGUCCCCGGGCGACGACGUCGGGGCGAAGUCCCCUGGAGACAACUUUUACAGACUUCUGAUCAACGGGGAGGUAGAGAGAUACGCACCGGAUCAGAGAUACGUCGUAACGCUUGUCGGCUCUCGCACUCAUGAUGUGGUACAGCAAUUCACAAGAUUCCAAAUAGUAGCCGACCCCCUGGACCCCGCGGAGACCCGCACUCCCCGCAAACAGGGACAGUUCCAACUCUUCGCUGACACUCUCACCAAGUUCGAUGAGGAGUGUACCAAUUCUGUGAUAGAGGCUGACGAUUUGCCUAAGACCGAGGUGCAAGUCAUGUGGAAAGCGCCUCCUGCAGGUUCAGGAUGUGUCUUGCUCAAGGCGAUGGUGUACGAGAACGCGAGCCGCUGGUUCGCGGAGGACGGCCAGCUCUCGCGGCGCGUGUGCGAGGACACCGCGCUGUCCGCGCCCGACUGCUGCGCCUGCGACGACGCCAAGUACAAGCUAGUGUUCGAGGGGCUGUGGUCGCCGCAGACGCACCCCAAAGACUUCCCCGUGCAGGCGCUGUGGCUCACGCACUUCUCCGACGUCAUCGGCGCCACGCACCCCAAGAACUUCACCUUCUGGGGCGAGGGGGAGAUCGCUACCGAUGGCUUCAGGUCCCUGGCGGAGUGGGGCUCGGUGGGGCUACUGGAGCGCGAGCUGCGGCAGCGCGGCGCCGUGCUGCGCUCCAUCGUGAAGGCGGCGGGGCUGUGGCACCCGCGCCUCAACCAGAACACGUCGGCCGCCUUCACCGUGGACAGGAAGCGCCACUACCUCUCCCUCGCUUCUAUGUUUGGACCGUCCCCUGACUGGGUGGUGGGCGUGAGUGGGCUGAACCUCUGCAACCAGGACUGCACCUGGGCGGAGGAUAAGGUGAUAGACCUCUUUCCCUACGACGCCGGCACCGACAGCGGCAUCUCAUACAUGUCGCCCAACACAGAAACCAUCCCUCGGGAGAAGAUGUACCGCAUCACGACGAUGUACCCUGAGGACCCGCGGGCGCCCUUCUACAACCCGGAGCAACGCGAGAUGAAGCCCAUGGCGCGCCUGCACCUGCGCCGCGAGCGCCUGCUGCCGCGCGCCUGCGACGAGCUCACGCUGCAGAGCCUCGUCGUGGAGGAGGCCGAGGACACGGAGGCUACCAACAGACCGGAGUGCGCGGUGAGCGAGUGGUCGGCGUGGUCGGCGUGCUCGGUGACGUGCGGCAAGGGGCUGCGCAUGCGCACGCGCGAGUACCGCAUGCCGCAGAAGGCGCAGAUGUUCGCGUGCGAGCGCCAGCUCGUGGGCAAGGAGAUGUGCGUCGCCGCCGUGCCGGAGUGCGAAGGAGACGAAGCCAACGAAGCGGAGUCCUCCGAAUCGCAGUUCCCGGCGGAGGGCGCGGCGGGCGCGGCGGGCGGCGUGUGCGAGACGUCGGAGUGGGGCGCGUGGAGCGAGUGCUCGGUGACGUGCGGCGUGGGCGUCAGCACGCGCCGCAGGCACUUCCUCAACCAGAUGGGCAUCAAGAAGUGCCCCCUGGUCUCGAUUGAGGAGAACCGCAAGUGCAUGGAGCCAGCGUGCGACCCGUCGGAGGCGGCGGCGGAGCCCGAGGACGCGGAGUGCCCGGUGUCGGCGUGGUCGGCGUGGUCGCCGUGCUCGGCGUCGUGCGGCCGCGGCGUGGAGUUCCGCACGCGCCUGCUGCUGGUGGCGGCGGCGCGCGUGCCCGCCUGCGCCGCGCGCCGCGAGCUCAUGCAGCAGCGCGCCUGCAGUGAGCGCGACGACUGCGCGCUUGACAUGCUCACCGCCAAGCGUAUCUGCAUGGAGGCGCCCGAGCAGGGCCCGUGCCGCGGCGUGUACCAGCGCUGGGCCUUCGCGGCGCUGAAGGGCAUGUGCGUGCCCUUCACGUACGGCGGCUGUCGCGGCAACAAGAACAACUUCAUCUCGCAGGAGGACUGCCUCGCCACCUGCAGCGUCGUGCUCGGUGGUGUAGCUCCUGGAGCCGCGCCCGCGCAGCCCGCCGCGGUCCCUGAGAGCAACUUCUCCGGCCUCAGCAAUGUUCCUGCUUUCACUGGUGCAUCGCAAACUAGCGAUUGUCAGCUGAGCGCGUGGAGCGAGUGGUCACGCUGCAGCGUGACGUGCGGCGUGGGCUACCAGGAGCGUGUCCGCACCGUGCUGAGCCAGCCCGGGCCAGGCGGCGCGCCCUGCCCCACGCGCCUCUCACGCCGCCGUCGAUGCUCGCGCGCAUGU